AUUGCAGAUAAAGGACAUCGAAGCGGACGAAUAGCAACGCACCAAUGCUGCUGGGGUGAUACCUAUUAUACUAUCUUGGAAGAGGACGAAAUGAAGAAAACGUUAGGGGUUGACCUGGAGCGUGAUAGCCGUAUAUUGCCGGUCAAAUGUGGUGGACUCAUUCUUUUCAACAAUAUGAUUCCCCACCGGAGUUUACCGAAUGUUUCCGAAGGAAUCCGAUGGAGUGUGGAUUUCAGAUGGCAGCGAGCAAGUGACCCCGGCGGAUUAUGGGGCAUGAAAGAUGGAGUCGUUAUGAGAAAUUCUAAAGAUCCAAAUUUUAAGUUAGACUGGACGUCUUUUGAUGCAGUCAACAGACACAUCGUACAGACCGAGUAUAUAAAAGGCGGGAAAGCGGACCUGGAAGAGGAGGAGUUUGAUACAACUAUCCAAGGCCCUUGGAUGAAGAAAUGGGAGAUAGUGCACAUGAACAAACACGUUGACAGAUUCAUGGAACAAGAAAAGGCGAAGGGCAAAUCUUAAAAACUGAUGACGUAUCAAUUCAUAUAAAUAUGAUAACAACAUUAAAACUUUGAGAAAGAAUGCUUGAUUUGAAUGAUAAUAAAUAAAGCUACUUUGGUUAUUUGUAAUACAAAUAAAUAUAUAUAUUUUGGUAUUUAUUUACGUGUUGUACGUGUGUACCUACAAAUUGAAGGACUAAUGAUUAUAAAUCUUCAAAUUUGUCGGUGACGCAUGCACGAAGGCAUCAUUAAACCUGCUAGAAAUUGUGAUCAGAUAUGUUUCUAGAAAUAAGAUAUGUUUUUGGCAAUUAGAUAUGAUCUUUUUUAACAAUUAGAUAUGUUUUUAGCAAUCAAAAAUAUUUCUAAAUAUAUUUCUACAUAUGAACAAUUAUUUAUGUUUGGAGCAUUUAGAAAUGUUUCUAGCAAAAAGAUAUGUUUCUAGAAUUAGAUAUGUUUCUUAAAUUUAGAUAGUCUUAGAGAAUUAUAAAUAAUUCUGUUUUAUGAAUGGGGCAUGUGCGUUAGUUUCAUGUUUCUGUGUUCUUAUUUAAAAUAUAAUAGACUUUUCCAAACUCGUCUACAGAUCGUUAAAAAAAAUAAAAAGAACAGAAAAAACCUGAAGAAUUGUGAUUUGUCAUCUUUUAAUUUUCAUAUUUUUUAGGGAAGUACUACUUUAGAAAACGAUCAAGAGUCCUAAACACAGUACAUAAUUAAAGAAGAGAUCUUAUCAACUUACUCACUAGUACAUGAUUUCUCAUACAUUAUAAUGAAACUCAUAUAUUAUAAUUCAUUAUUAUCCUCAUACAAUAUUACUGGACAUUUAUGAAGCGACCUAUUUAUUUAUGCAAUAAAAGAGUUAAAUUAAAUUUCGUCUUUAUAAUUUUUAAGUCCAAACAUUGAAUCAC